GUUUGGAACAAGGAUACAUGUCUCUGCUCCAACUCUUCUAUCAUUAGAAAUGUCUGGAACUGUGGAGGUGCUGGAUAUUACAAAUGUAGCAUCUAUUGUUGAAGUGUCUGUCAAUCGUAUGGAGAAGUAUGACUUCAAAGAGUACAAGGAUUAUCAAGAGAUGAGAAUACUCCUCCAAACAAUUACAGGGGCCAAAAGUCUCAAGCUAUGUUCCUGGUUUGCUCUGGUAUUUUCUUCAUGGCAGUUGACAAAUCUACCAGCUCCGACCUUCAGUUGCAAGGCGCUUAACCUUCAAUUGGAUUUUGUGAAAUGGCACUUACCAGGAAUACUGAACUUGCUGAAGCACUGUCCUUGCUUGGAGAAUCUUAUCAUCGAAAUAACUGCUUACUAUGAUUAUCCAUCGCGAAACGCAACCUCGUGGAUUCACCCAUAUGACUUUGAUGGAGAUGAAUUUUGGAAUAUGGUAGAUACUCCUGUCCAGUGCUUGACUCAUCACCUCAAGACGGUGGAGGUAGCUGGUUUCGUAAUGGAGAAGCAUGUGAUUCAUUUUGUGGAAUAUUUGCUCAGGAGUUCCAUGGUAUUAGAGGAAAUGGUGAUAUUCGCGGAGAAGCAAACGUGGAUCUAUGGCCCAAUUACUCUUAUGUCUGGUAAGGUUCAGGAAUUCGAGGAGAGGCUAAUAAAUGCCCCAAAAGCCUCUGCCUCUGCUGCAGUGGUUUUCUAUUGAUGGUGAACCCUUCAGAAUGAUUUGGCCUAGAUAGUGUAAAAAUCAUUUACACUGUCAGUGUUUAUAAGUUGAACUUCUGAUAAUAAUGUGCACAAUGAAUUGUGCCGUGGACCGUUUCCUGCAUUUUCUGUAAUAACCUGUUGAAGGGCUUUUCUGUUAGAUGUUAUGUAGCUUUUUCUUUCAAUAUUUUCUUUUUGUGAAAUUGGUUUUAUAUGAGGUCCUAU